CAGGGCAUGCAAUUAUAUAUCGUGCUCUGCAGACUGCUGGUGUAUCGUGUUUUAUGUGCGACUCGAUCACUCGAACAAUGCUUUGUUGUUAAUAGUUUUUUAAUAUUCCUAUCCUGCAAGCAUAAAUCUGUGUUUGGAAAUCUUUUGGAUUAAAAUGGAAGACUACAAGACUGGAACAAACUCACCAAGUAGGCUUAUUCAGCAAGAGACUAUUGGAAUGCCUGAAGAUGUCUGCCGGGAUUUUCUACGCAAUGUGUGUACUAGAGGCAGUCGUUGUAAAUACAAACACCCUAGAUGUGAAGAAGAAACCAAGAUAGUGAAUCCCAUUCGACCCAGUUGUAUGGUGUUCUGCCAUGAUUUUCAGAACACCAUAUGCACCAGAAUAAAUUGCAAAUUUGUUCAUCGAUCUCGUCAAGAUGAAGACUACUACAAGCUCACAGGAGAACUUCCAAAACUCAUCCCUGAAUUUACUUCAAAAGGAAGUCGUGCUGCAAUGGAUAACAUUUCAGAUGGUGAAGUACCCCUUUGCAAAGAUUUUUUAAAACGUGAGUGUCAACGGGGGAAAAAAUGCAAGUUUCUACAUGUAUCUGAAUCAAGAGUACAACAAAGUGGAAGUGAAGAAUAUGACAUUCCAGAUGCCAAGAGACGUCACCAUGAAGAUGACCAACUUGAGUAUGGUUCAAGAAUAGGAGAAAGGAUUAUUGCUAGCCCAUCAUCUGUUCAAUGUUCACAUUGUAAACCCAUGCUAAACUUUCACCCAAAAUCCCAUUCCAUGUGUGUUGAUAUGAAUGGUUCAAAUCAAUUAGAAUUAUGUGUUCUUCAUGAAGAAAAUUUACUUUUAAGGAAGAAAGUUCAAGAAUUGAAAAAACAAGUUGGCGAUCUUUUGGCUACAAAUGAGUUUUUGCUGGAACAAAAUGCCCAUUUUAGGAUUCAAGGAAAAUUUUCAACAUCAACCAGUGUUGCUACUGUUAGUUUACCAACUGUAACUUUGGCUAGCUCCGUCACAGUCCCGGUUACUACUUCCGUAACAGCAUUAGGCCCGCAUUUGGGUUCUUUGUCAUCAGUUCAAACUGUUCAAGCAUUGGCUACUUUACCGUUGGUGACUACCCAAUCUCGAUCUACUUUGACUGCAUCAAUACCUUUUGCCACUUCUGUCCCUCUCACUCAGCCAUCUCCGUUAGCGACGACAAUAGCUACCACGUUAGGAAUCGCCCCUGUGACCAUAAAUCAGACGACGGCUUUAGCUACUCAAAAUCCAUCGCUAUCAGCGGCUACUGCAACUGUAACAUUAACCCCAACUAUCAAUGCUGCAGCGCUGCAGCUUCAAGGACCACAUCUCUCGAACUCAGCAUUGGCAUUUAGUGCCUCUAAUGGAGGAUCGCUUGUAUCCUAUCCAAUUAUGACACAAAGUAUCUCACCAUCCGGGCUCAGGUCUACACAUUGUGGCGUGGCUGAUUUGUACCGUUGAUGCGAACGUCCAUGUGGUAGUCUAUUAGUUUCUUUCCUCUUUCUUUGUGUCUUGCAAUUUCAAGAAACGCUAUUAAUUUAGCAUAAAUUCUCUUCUUAAUCUAUCCUCAUUUUCAGUUUUCUUAUAUAUAAUAUGGCUUGAGAAUUUGUACCUUUUUCUUCAAAAUUGUAAUAUCCAACUUUUGAAAAGUAUCUUAUGAGUGUUGAAUGUCUCAUCUUGAUUUAUUGCCACCAUUUUGAUGUAUUAAUAUACAUUUUAAAAGGAA